AUGAGACAAACUAUUUAUUGUUUUGAGCAGGUUUGCCAGUCAGGGAUAUCUGCGCCUGUCGCGGGUCACCUGUCGGGGCUUUACCAACUGCUUGAGGCACCGCGAUCCGAGCUGUCAGUGCAAGCACAGCUUAAUGAUCGGCUUAAGCACUGUAACACAUGGGAGGAGCUGGCCGCGCUGCUGGAAGCAAACAUAGACAUCGUCGACUUUGUGAACGUUAGCACGGCCUGGACACGACUUGCGAAACUGUUUGAGUCAACGGGGCCGCAUAAACGCGAUGGAUUGUCUGCAUCUGGUGCGGCCCCCGUGCGAGAACCUGCGUUCCGGCGCUUCCUUGCACGGCUAAUUGACACCACAUCGCAGCAGCUGCGCCUGUUCGGAGUGCAGGCGCUGGCGAACGUCAUGUGGGCCCUCAGCAACGCCGACUGGCAGCUGGAGCAGUACGAGCCGGCCGUGGACAAGUUGAUGCACGAGUGGUGCGCCAGUGUGCACAACCGACUUCCGGAGCUCCGCGCCCCGGAUGUCUCCAACAUCUCCACCUCCAUCGGCCGCCUGGAUCACCGGUGGCGCCCGGAGUUUAUUGUAGAAUUUUAUCGUUCCGUCCUGCACCGAGCAGAUCUCCUGGAGCAACUGGAUCUAACGACCCUCAACAACCUGCUGUAUGGCUUGUCUCGGGCGGGCUGCCGCGGUCUCAUCCACAUGGGCCCCGCCUCGCGCCGACUGCUGGCGCAGUGCGUUGACCGGAUCCUGGAGCGCCCUGACCGGGAAGCUGUAGGGCUGGUGCCCUGGCGCGCAGCCCAGCUCCUGUACAACUGCCAUAAGUUUAAGCUGCGCGUGCGAUCCCACCUGUACGGCGUGCUCAUGCCUGUCGUGGCGGAGGUCUACACAUGCGAACCCAAUCCCAUGGACUGCUGGUCCAUGGGGUUCCUCACUGCCUUUGUAGCCGCGCACCGGCGAGUACACCCCACAGCGCGACCUGAUCUGCGGCCGUUGUACGCCUACAUGGAGCGUCGGCUACCGGAGGCGUCCACAAGCCAGCUGGCCAUGCUGGCUCAUGCAUUCCGAGAGCUCGGCUGCCCCGCGCCGGCGUCGUUUUGGGGCCAAGUGUUCUCUCGGUACAUGGGGGAGCCAUUGAUCCAUUCAGUGCCAGUACCUGCACCAGUUCCGCCACACCCUGCUGCGGUAUCGUCUGGCCUGGUGCAGCAGCAGCAACAACAGCCGCCGCAACAACAGCAGCUGCCCCAACAACGGGCAGCGGAGCAGCUGAUUCAGCAGCGGCAGCGGCCACCUCACGCCUCGCAGCUUUUGGGGCUGCAGCCGCAGCAGAGAAUGACAGCUGAAUCUGCGGAUGGGCGAAUCCUAACAGCCGAACAGUUGCAUAGCUCACAGGGGCUUCAACACGGGGGGGAGCCACCAGCAAAGACACAGGCGCAGGUUCUCUCGACCGACCAAACGGCUUUAGCAGUGGCGGGGCCCGCAGCCUUCCAACCGCCCAGGCUCGUGAACUCGAGCAUGGCAGUGGCGGCAACGGUCUCCUUGCCCAUGCAUCCGGAUGAUGACUUGGCGGAGCCGCGCACAUUGCAUUACGUGUGCUGGCAGGCGGCCAAGGCGGGCAUCUUGCCUCCGCGCGCCUUCCUGCGGCUGUACGUGGAGAGGGUUCCUCAGUGGUUGGUGCACUCUGCCGACGAUACGCAGGUGGCGCAGGCGGUAGAGACGCUGAAGCUGCUGCGGUGGGUGCCGCGGCGGGAGCUGCGGGACAUGCUGUGCGCCACGUUGAAGCGCCGCGCGGCGACAUCGCGACUGCCCAUGCGGUCGCUUUUGCGACAAGCUGCGUCUGCGGCUGUGGCCCGUGUGGGACUGUGGCCGUACGUGCGCAUUUGA